AUGGGCAGGUUUUCAUGUGCAGGAAUCAAUAAUCAAAGCAACGCAUUUAAUUUUCAUGGCGACCGGCGUAUUUGGGAUGGAUCUACGAUCAGAAGGAAUAUAAGAGGCAAUUCUGUUCUCUACAUUGUUAUGAGUGAACCUCCACAUGGUAUGUGUUAUGGACCUAAGUUUUUAUUCUUACUCAUUGAGCGACAGUAUAAGCUUUUGGACUAAAAAGACCCUUGCUGUCAUAAUUUAGAUUAUCAGAGUUGGAUACAAUGCUUACGCGACAACUUACAUUAUGAAGCUACGAUAGCACCUGCGGAAAGUCCAUUGCAGGUAAAGUGACUUACCACUGUUCUUUAAAGAUAUGCUUAGGAGUUCAAACAUUCUGUUAAUCAUGUAAGCUUGUACCAAAUUAUCUUAUAUUCUACUAAUUAUUCUACUGCAUUUAAACAGUGAUCUUCAUCUUUUCAAAAAUGCAAAAACCUGAUCAGUAACCGAGUUAGUUCAUUGGAAAUGGACAUGAUAGAACAUAGAUCUUUUUUGAGAAAGUUUUCGGUUUAUUGUUCUCCCUUCGAAUUAAAUAAAAGCCGAUUGAGGCAUUUUGACAAAGAUUUUCAUUUACAGAGUCCCUUUAAGCAGAAAUAGGCUUAAGCGAAUUUAUCUUUUGCAGUUAGGGCCCGAUGCUUUGCGUGCAUUUAGUAUGCCUACGUCUAGCCGUACCCUUUCCCCCAAGAUGAAAAGGAAGCGAGGUUCCCCCUCUGCCGUUUCACCUUAGGGGGGAGGGUACGGCUACACUUAGGCUAGCAUUUGGCCUCAGAAAAAGUAAUCGCGUGAUUUCUUAGUUAUAUGUCACACUUGUAAUUGCUGUUUGUUGAAAUUUUCUAACCAUUCGCUUUUUUUAAAAACCUGUAGGGUGGAGCUCCUUUCAAUGUUACAUUUAUUCCAGCUCUUGAUCCAACGGUCACCUCAGGGUUUGCUAAAUUCAAAAAAAGAGGCAAUGUUUUUGCCACUGUUGAGCUGGAAAGAUCCGUAAGGUUUGAUUGCUUAAACGGAUUUAGUAUUCCAGGUAUUUCUCUCCUUUUAUAAGUAACUUAAACUGUAACCCUGAUAUAAUUUUUAUUAGAGUCAAGCAAAAAGGAUAAUAAAGUAUUUAGUAAAUUUUGUCCAAGGAGAAAUGGUGGUAUGGAAGAUAUAGGCAAAAGCUACAAUUUGCUGUAGAAGAGUAGUUGAAUUUGGACUUUUUUGUCAUUUUGUGAACCUAAUUUUUAACUCUAAAAACUUUGCAUUGAGAAAUCGAAGGAAAAACCGCUCCAGCCGUGUCAAGCUCUUUUUUACUCACGACUCGCCUCUCCUUAAAUUGGAGCUCUCUCUGAAGCUUCAACCAACUAAAACUUUCUGAUCGCGGGCAGUAUGACGGAAUCGUUACGUACUCCAAAUUACUGAAAUUAUGUAGCUUUGUUGCCUAUUGUUAGUUUGUAGUUUUCGUCCCCUUGCUAAUAAGUCUUUCAGGAGGACAACUGAAUGAAGAGCCUGUUUAUUUAUUAAUACCAGUUCCACGGAACUUUAAUUUCUUUUGCCGAUGUUUUGGAAAAACUGGUGAAACUCUUUCACCGCGUGACAAAAUUCAAAACGAACGGCGCGACAUUUCUUUUCAACAUAUUGCAUAUUUGCAACUGAUUUUUAUAAAUCGUCCCUUUAAAUGUAAGUGUAACUCCAAACAUCAAUUCAUUUUUCACUCACUUUCGUUAUCUACCAGUGGGUUUGCAGGCUUAGCUUAUAAAACAUUUAACAAGUAGAUUCCGAGUCUGUUCUGUAACUUUCGGUCAGACCUCUUUCCUCUGAACGAGAUGGAUUUGGGAUGAAAAUCUGAAAUUUAAAUUAGUUUUCGUUACUGUUCCUGGAUUUCUUGGCUCAGCCGUGUCUUUUUGGUUUAAUAUUUAUUUUCUGCUGAUUCGACCUCGAAAUUAAAGUCGAUGGAAAUAUUUGGCCCCUAUGUAGCCCAAAGAACACUUGAAAUACGCUGGGAAUGGCGUCACUUGCUGAAUUUAAUACGGCAGGUAGAAUAUCGCAGCGCAUGAUGGAAGGGGUGGAUGUAAUCUCGCCGAAUACACAGCUGAUUUCCUAUUAUCUGAUUGGCCGUAUUUUCUGUGGCAUGGCGCAAAUAGACAAAUCAUUAUAUAUAUAUAUAUAUAUAUAUAUAUAUAUAUAUAUAUAAAUAUAUAUAUAUAUAAAUAUAUAUAUAUAUAUAUAUAUAAACACCCAUUUUUAAAAACGUUGCAACUCAAAAAAAAAUAUAUAUAUAUAAUUUUUUCCCCUAUCACAAUAUAUAUAUAUAUAUAUAUUGCGAUAGGGGAAAAAUUCGAGAGAGUAUACUUUCAUCCCUAUAAGUGAUUACUCACUCAUCAGGGGAUUUUAUCCCCCUAAUAAAAUCCCCUGAUGAGUGAGUAAUAACGAAACAGGCUUGUAGGGAUGAAAGUAUAGUCUCUCUGUUUUUCCCCCUAUCGCAAUAUAUCUUGCGCUCUACUCCUGCGUAUCGAGCCCUAUAAAACGGAAAAAUCAAUACACAGACAUCCUAUGGGGCUUAUAUGUUGGGCCAAUAUCCCCCUUCCUUAAGUGACAAGGCAGUCCUAAGGUUAAAAUAAGAAUUCGAAUGAUGAUAUAAUCAAUGUGAUCUGAUCAACUGAAUGUUUAUGCUAAUGCUUUAUUUCCAGCUGAUAGAAACACCUUGAUAUCUGUAUUGCUUCAAGCGUAUCAAGAUAAUAGUAGAAAACAAUACAAAUCUUUUGAUAGUAAUUUUCGAGUUUUCUUUAGCUGCACUAGAACCUGGUUUGGCCGAUGUAGAAAUUGAAUCACAAAGGAGGAUCCUACUAGGGUUUACAAGACUAUUUUAUUACCCAAAUAAAAAGCAGACAAGUCAAAUGGUCCACUUUAAAGAACCAAGCAUGCUUAGAACACUUUGCGAGGAUAUGAGCGAGGACUUUCGUGGUGCAAAUAGCACCAGUACUGGUAGACCUCAGGCUUCUGCAACUUUUGGUAAGUGAACCUUUUUAGAACAUUCAUUUUAAAAAUCAGUGGUGAUCCUUGCAAUCUGGUUGGCCUUCAUCGGUGCGGUUUGCUUACGAAUGGAACCAUUUUUUGCUUUGAAUUGCUUCUUUUCCCCAGCCAAUGGGAUAGCUUCACUAAAACACUACACCCAAUCAGAUUUCAAGGCUUUUUUAAGUAACCAAUCAAAUUACAGGAAAAUGGAAGGCGACUUAUGCUACUUUUACAAACCUGGGAAUGGAUCAAAAAAUAUCCUUACAGGCUGAAAAAUCCUGCAUUUGAGCUACUGAAUUUUGCGAUUUCAAAAUGGAUGCAAUGAGGUGGUACUUGAACUUUGUUUCGUGCAAUUUUGGUACUUAUGAUUUUUAUGAAGCAUUUAAUUAGAUUAUAAUUAGUAAAUCAGUCGGUUAGUAAGUUUAGUAUGAUUCAAUUUUUCGUUUACAUUUGGAAAGUAUUUAAUGUAUGAAUUAAAAUUCCGAAGUUAUUUCGGUUUGAGCUGUCGUGACGAGUUUCCGAAUUGUGACAGCCUUUCUAACUUGACUCAGUUGUUCGGAAGCACUAUGAUUAAGUGCUAAUUGUUCAGAUCGAAAUUCUCGUGAAAUUAUUUGGUUUAGCGUUCUAACAACAAAUGUUUGAUCUCCCAAAGUCAACCGGCUGGCAUGCCCACCCGUAUCUGUCAGUAGUGAAUAUAUAGGCAUGUAGUUUAGAGAUUUUACGUAAAAGAAGAGGAUGAAGAAGAAAUUAUUUUUCGGUGAGUUUCUCGUUACAGUUUGUACGAAAGACGAGGAAGAUUACGAGCUCGAUAGCUUUCGUGUAAUGGUGGAGAAGACAUGAUUUUUCGAUGGGUUUCUCACCACAGUUUGUGCAAAAGACGGGGAAGAUUACGAGCUCGAUAGCUUUCGUGUAAUGUUGGGGAAGAAAUGAUUUUUCGAUGAGUUUCUCGCCACAGUUCGUUCAAAAGACGGGAAAGAUUACGAGCUCGAUAGCUUUCGUGUAAUGGUGAAGAGGAAAUUAUUUUCCGAUGAGUUUCUCGCCACAGUUCGUACGAAAGACGGGGAAGAUUACGAGCUCGAUAGCUUUCGUGUAAUGGUUAUUACUGUCGACCGAUGCCUAACAGAGAAAGAAUACAAACGUUCAAUUAUUCUCGAGGGCGGUUUUAAAAGCUGGAAGCAAAUUCUUGAGGAAAAAUUUCAACUACUCCGGCAAAAACUAAGGCAAAGGCAAGCGGCCCAACUGGUGAGCCAUGACAAAAUAAAGACCACUAUAAAGGAAAAAAGAAAAAGAGAAGAAAAGAAAGAAAGAAGAAGAGAAAGAAUAUUGAGGAGAUGUGCAUAGUUCUGAACUUAGUGAUGUAAGCUACAGAAAUAAACAAACAAUUGUAUAAUGAAAAAAGUUUUCUAAUUUAUUUGGAAAGUUCAAUCUCUGUGAACUAUGGCCAUAUAAAAACACACUUCUCUUUACUAGUGGGGAGAGUAAGAGAAGAUCAUGUAGUCCAAUCUCUCUUUAUAAGGGUACUGGACAAUUUUCUACAAUCCCUCUUCGGCUACACGAUCAAUCCUGCUGAUAAGGACUGUUGUCGGGAUUCGAGAGACGAUCAAUCAAGCUAAAACAGCAAAUACCCUCCCAAGGAAAGUAUGUUUUCCCUUUAUUACUCGGGCGUUUCGCAGGAGGCCUGAGCUCAAAAUUAGUGGUCGGUUCAUCACCAAAUCCUCGUUAGAGCACUGAUGUGCAUGCAUACAUGGAAGUUUCCAUGUGUAGGCUUCUAGAACUAAUUAACAGCAUGUGUAAAGUACGGUGGCUCUAAAGGGACAUUCGAAUUUUUGGAUCGCAAGUUAUUAACUUAUAACAAAAUCUGAGAAAGAAACUGGACAUCGGUUAUAAGUUUCCAUUGAAAAAAGCAACAGCUAACGCGGGGAAAUGCAUGACAACAGCGUUCGCUCAUGACGCGUACUGUCCAUUUAAGCAGGCAUGACGUGUCAACCGUCCAAUUACACUGUCUAAUUACAAGCAUGACGCGUACACUGUCCUAUUAGUUCUCAAAUCGGGCUGGUGAUAACCCUUCUAGGCCACCAUAUUAAACACUGUGUGACAGAUAGGGAUAAUAAUUUUCAUGUUUUUCAAAUGCUUUUCAGGUAUCUUUCCAAUCCAUAUGAAAUUUAAGUGUGAAAUAUGUGUGAAAAUCGCUACGAGCACCUUAGAACGCGCCGAUGUGUCUUUUUCUUCUCCUAUACUUUCAGGACACGCGCAGCAAGUCCAGUUGUUAUGCCUCCUGAUUUACACGGCUGCAAAAGAGGGAGCACAGCAGUUUGUUGAGAUGAUCUUUUCCUGUUCGGCUGGAAGAAUUGUGUUUGAUGCUUACAAGAGUAAUUCACAAUUGCCAGAGGUUAUCGCCAGGGAACAUGGCAACUUAGGGACUGCCCGUUACUUUGAGAACAUAACAAAAAGGUAACGUUUAAAGGCGAUAAGGCAAAGGGUUUACAUGCAUUCAAGCAUGUGAUUUAUAAUCGAGUAGUAUCGAUGGAGAUGUUUCUUUAGAAGGUCAUAGUCUAACAGCUGCCAAACAAACGUUUCGAUUUUACGGGCUGUGCAGUGAAAUACGGCCCGCUAAGUUCACCAAUCAUAGCGCACGUACCAACAGGGAGAUAUACAGAUAAAAAUACAUGGGCAGGCGUAGAUAUGGAAUUUCUCUUCGAGUGUUCAAUACGAUCGCUCGAUAGAUAUCGAGUAAUAAUGGGGAACAACAUGAUUUUGAUUGCAAUUUAGUGUUGAUCAGCACAAGAAAAUUUUUCAGGGACAACAAAAUUGCACGAGCCCGUAGGGCGAGUGCUACUUGUAUUUUUCGAAAAAUUUACAAGUAUUCGCACUAGGCCAGUAUUUACACCAAAUUGUACCUGAAAUCUUGUUGUUACUUGUUAAUAAUUUGCAUGAAAAACGCAUCACAUGCGCGCGCUAUUUGUAAUUUACACUCGUGUUACGACUUUGCACUCGUGUUGCAACUUUGCUCUUGUUUUACAUGAAAAAUAGACAGUUAAGGCUUUUCUCAGGGUUGAAACUCCGCAGUUUACAUAAUGUUAAAUAUAACAUUUGUUAAUCCUAUCAGUCACGAAAUUAUACAGGAUAUAGAGCUCCGUACUUUCGUUUCGAUGGAUCUUUCAUACACAGUCUUAUCAAAUCUCGAGAUAUACUGUAUUAUAUAUUAUGCUGUGGUUAAAGAAGUGCGAAAGUUAGUAAUUCUAAACUUUUUUUGCGCAGACUUUUAAAAGAAUCAAGCACUGGCAAAGAAUGCCCAAAGGCUAUUGAUUGGUCAGAACUAGCAAAAGCUACUGACAGGACUCAACAA